GCACCGACGACAUAAGGGCCCCAGAGCAUACUCACAGGCCCCGCGGAAUUUUCCGCUCUGAUUUCCCCGAGCUGCACUCCAGCUCUUGGCCCUUUGGAAAAUCUAUCUUCGAUGAUCCUCUCCACGCCGCCGACCGCAUCAACGUACCCGGAUACAGGUACCUCCCCGUUCACCGUGAAAUCUACGGAUACUCGCCGAGGCAACUUUACGCUCACCAAUACAAACCCGUAGAGCGUCUCACUCCCGGCCACAAUCCGAGCAAGUGGCUCGCCGUGUACCGUCAAUUGCAACAGAAGCAACGGAAGCGCGAUCAGAUCUUCCAAAAGUACGUCAAGAGGGAGAAGCAUGUGAUCACGUUCGUCCUGAGACAACACCAGGUCCUGCAGACGCGCCUCUGAGGGAGCUGCGAGGUGGACCUCGCGAGCGACCUCGUGCGCUGCUGCGGCGACCUAGUGCGCCGCUGCGAGACUUGCAAGAGGCACUAACGAGAGGAACCCCGGCCUCCUGGCGACACGGGAAGCCGCGUUAACGAGCGAUAACGAGAGUUAAAUCCGAAACCGAGAACACACCGAGAGGCAUCCGCGAGUCUGACGAUGAAUUCGACGUUGCAGCCCCGCUGCUGCUGGUGGAGGUCGCAGCUUGAAGCGACCCCCAAAGCCCUCGUUUCUCUCCCUUGGACCGACCGACCGCCGAUUUCGAGGACACUCUUGGAACCUGCCAUCUUGGACCUCACUCUUUUCACCUAUCCACUGGACAAACCCUACGGAAACCCGGAAAA